CCUUGUUCGACAACAGGAAAAAAGAGUAUUCUCGUUCACAUCAGAGGAGAAGGCAAGAGGAAGCGCUUUCUUUCACAAGAAUCGUGGUACUUUUUGGAACCUCUGCUUGAGAGAAAGAAUUUUGGGCGCCUGCGGAUCAAAAAUCUCAAGGAAACGGCGUUCAUGAUAUGAGAGAGGAAAUUUUAUAGCGUCGAAGAAGACUGUAACGCAAACCCGUUUACCGCUUUCUACGCCGGCUGAAGGAAGCUAGAAUCGCCUUCGAUUCUGUUCGACUAUGAAGUUCUUUGACCAACUGAAAUUGCUUUUAUGGAAGAACUUUACGCUUCGAAAACGACAACAUCUAAGAAAUGUUGUGGAAAUAGUGUGGCCAUUAGUUCUUUUCAUAAUUCUGGUUGCUGUACGAAAUCGUCAAAAUUAUGGUGCCACAAAUAUUCCUGCCAGUAUAUAUCGGCCACGUGCCCUCCCAUCUGCUGGGCUUUUUCCAUUUGCAAGGUCUUUUUUGUGCGACUUCAAAAGCACAAAGACAAAUGAUCCCAGUGAGAUACUGAAUGGAUUGCCAGAUCUAAGGAGUUCCAGUUUAAGUAGACUAUUUGAAGAUGCCCUCCCUCUUUUAACAAACACCAGCCUCCAGGAACGGCUUUUAAGAAUCAAUGAAGAUUACAGAAGGUUCACGGCAGAUUCAAAACUUUGGAAUGAUUUGAUGAAUAAUUCUUCGAGGCCAGUACAGUGGAAUGGAUAUAAUUUAUCAGCUGUCCCUUUGGAUAAGUUGUUGAAGGAUCCUGCUCAGUUUCAGGAAUUUCUGUACAAGACCACAAAGCUUAGCCCUAGGGUUGUAGCUGAGCUUUUUAACAGCACAGUGAAUGUACAAAAGAUUGCAGGAUUAGUUGAGCCAUAUCGGAGUUUAUCACAAGAAUCAUUGUCCUGGUUUCCAAGAAAUCCACUGGAAAUAGGAAAUCUACCACUACUAUCAUCAAGCAACAAUCAACAAGUGAAUUUGUUCUGGAGUUUGCUUCUGAUGAGAAUAGCAAGCACAAUCCAGUCACAAGGAACAAUUAGUGGCAGUGAAGUGAAGUUUAUCAUCUGUGAUUCUCGAUCACCUGUCAAUCUUCAAGAAAUCCUCAAUGGCCCUGGAAAUGUGACUGAGGUGAAGACAGCUUUGUGUAAGCUAAACGAUACUGUACUUGGUGAACUUGGAAAGGAACUUCAAACUCAGAUUAAGUGGCCAAACAUCACUGACUAUCAGGGUCACCAAAGGAAUUUGUCAAAGCUGCUAAGAUCCUUGCAGGAUGAUGUCAGAAAUCUGAAUGAAGAUGUCCAAGCCUUACAAGCUUUCCAGCAAGUCACAGAGGACUAUCUUAGUGUUAUGCAAGAUAUGCAGGCCGGUGGUUUCCAAGCAACACUUUGUGGGAGAAAAUCGAGUGAUGACGACAACGACGAUCAAAACAAUGGAAAUGGGGGUACAUCUAAUGGAGUGUUGCCCGCAGCUUCUGCUGGUUUGCUGGCUGGUCUGUGCGGGUACUCGCGCUAUCCAAAUGGUACAUUUUAUAAGUCUGCAGGGUCCCACCCCCUUGACUACUAUUGGAAUAUGACGCAGAACAUGAACUUGGCCGGGGAUGACAGUGAGGAAGGAAAAGAUAACAAGGAGAAACAUAAUGAUGAGAACUGCCCCAAGCUUGCUGUUGAAUAUUCCAAGUACAAUGUCACUGGUAGACAAGACACCUGUUCAGUUAUCCAUCCGCUCAGCAGGGUUGAUUGUGGCUGGCCCGGGAUUUCAGAAGACAAAUGUGUCCAGAUGGGUUGUUGUUUUGACAGUUCAGUUGACGGCGCACGCUUCUGUUUCUAUAAACCCGAGUAUGCAGUAUGUAACUGUUUCCUGGGCCAGAUUGUGCGCACCGCCGGAGGUGUAACUGGAAAUGCUGGUCAAGGCAGGAGGGAUUCAGGAUUUGUUGAACUCGCUUCGUUGUUCCUGAAAGGCAAGAUUCUGUACACUCCUGACAACAAUGUCACUCGCUACAUUGUCAGCCAGAUCAAGAAUGAGCUGUCUGGUAUCACACGAAUAAAAGACUUUGCAUACUGGUGGGUGAAUAACUCAGAAGCGAACCACAAGAGAAUCACAGAAUAUGUUGAUAACUACCUCAAGAGACCAUUGCCUGAGGGAGUCUGUGAUCAAGCGGAUCUCUUCUUUGAUGACGCAAAUCAAAGGUGGCCCGAUCGAGUGCCAGAGGUAUCAUUUAAUUCUUCCCGCAGAAAUAUCUCGAUUCUUCCUCCUUCAUUCAACACCAGUGCCUUGCUGAGUAACCUUGACUUCCUGUUUCAAACAAUUCUCCGAAUUUAUACAUGUACGGAGCACGAGUAUUUUGAGGGCUACAAGGAUGAGGAGUCUCUUGUGAAACGGGCCAUGAACACGUCGGAGGUACCAACAAUUGCAAGCUUAGUAUUUGAGUAUUCAUCGGGUGACUUGACCGACGUUCCAAAGUUUGUCAAGUACAAGAUACGACAAGAUGUGGAUUACACGCCUCGAACUGAUAGAAUACGGAAGUGGUACUGGCGCCCAGGCCCUUUACACUGGUGGAGUUAUCAAGGAUACUUUAAUUUUGGGUUCCUGUACCUUCAAGACCUUAUUGACCGAGCCUUGAUGAACCUUAUGCUGAACGAAACCAUCGUCAUGGGCCUUGGUAAUGCAGUGCAUUGGGUUGCGUGGUUUAUCAACAGCUCUGCCCUGAUGGUCAUCACAAUCUCGUUGCUUGUUGCUGUCCUGAAAGGUGGAAAGAUUCUGUGGCACAGCAACCCAAUCGUCAUUUUCCUUUUCUUGCUUGUGUUCAUGACCGCUACCAUCAUGCUGUGUUUCUUGAUCUCUGUGUUUUUUGCGCGAGCAAACGUUGCUGCCGCUUGUGGAGGUAUCUUCUUCUUUGUCACCUAUCUUCCUUAUGUGGUGGUUCGCUGGUAUGAACAAUUUAUGACAACUGGACAGAAAGCAGCCGCGAGUUUGCUGUCCACGACCUCGUUUGGUCUCUCCUGCAGUUAUUUGGCCCGGUAUGAAGAGCAGGGGGUUGGUGCCCAGUGGUCAAACCUGUUUUCUAGUCCUGUGGCAGGUGAUGGGUUUAGUUUGGGUUAUGCUAUGGUUAUGAUGAUGAUUGACGCUGUCAUUUACGGUAUCCUUACAUGGUAUAUCGAAGCUAUUAUGCCAGGUCAGUAUGGCAUCCCACGGCCCUGGUACUUCCCUUUCCAGAAGUCAUACUGGUUUGAAGUUGCAAACAAAAGGGUCCUGGAGGUGGAUGCAGCGAGUAGUGACCAGAGACCCCACACUGCAGGGCGCGGAGGUGCUUCCUACAGGGGCUGGACCGGUGGUAUGGAUGAAGUUGCCUUCCAGGACUUUGAGAGGGGAUGUGUGACAGAAAAAGAGCCCACCCAUCUCCCCUUGGGAUGCUCAAUUAAGAGGCUGGUCAAGAUUUACAAAGACGGCAACAAACUCGCUGUAGAUGGUUUGAAUCUAAAUCUGUAUCAAGGUCAAAUCACUUCAUUUCUGGGUCACAACGGCGCGGGCAAAACCACCACAAUGUCGGUAUUAACAGGCCUGUUUCCACCCACAUCUGGUACCGCCAUCAUCAACGGUCACGACAUCCGAAAAGAUAUCGAUUUGGUCCGAAAAAGCCUCGGAAUCUGCCCACAGUACAAUGUGCUGUUUAGUGGGUUGACUGUGAGUGAGCAUUUGUGGUUCUAUGCGUCUCUUAAGGGGAUGGCCAAGGCUGAUAUCCCGGAUGAAAUUGAGAGGUUCUUGAAGGACGUUGGCCUUGAAAACAAACGUGACGAAUUAGCUAGGUGUCUCUCUGGAGGUAUGAAACGAAAGCUCUCUGUAGCUUUGGCAUUUGUAGCAGGCUCCAAAGUGGUUAUCCUGGAUGAGCCCACGGCUGGUGUGGACCCAUUCGCUCGGAGAGGAAUCUGGGAUCUGCUCCUCCACUACAAAAGCGGUCGCACAGUGUUGCUCUCCACUCACCACAUGGACGAAGCUGAUAUCCUUGGAGACAGAAUCGCCAUUAUUUCUCAAGGAAAGCUUCAAUGCUGUGGCUCGUCUUUGUUCCUCAAGGGACAUUAUGGCAAUGGGUACUACGUGACGCUCACCAAGAAGGCCCCCGAAGAGAGGCCCGGCACUGCUCGGACCCUGAAAGAUGUUAAUGUAGGAACCCUGAUUCCUUCGGUACCUUCAAUGGGAAGCUCCCUUGAUGAAGGUGUGGGUAUGGAUUCGCUUGAUGCAUCCGAACUAGAAAGCCUCAGUUCCAUGCCAGGGACUUCUAACUCAGACCCCACUCUGCAGGACACAGAAGUCUUUUGCAAUGAGUCGCUGGUCACUUCCUUCAUUAAGUCUUACCUUCCCUCGGCUCAGUUGGUCGAGAACAUUGGGUCCGAGUUAACGUACGUUCUACCAGCUGAGAUGGCCAAGGAGGGACGCUUCCAGGAUCUGUUUGAGGAACUGGAUAAGAACCUGGACAAACUGCAUAUUGGUAGUUAUGGAGUGUCAGACACCACUCUUGAAGAGGUUUUCUUGAAAGUUGCUGAAGUAGCGAACGCUGAGGAGGAAGACAUGCUUGCUGCCGAGAUGCCUAAACGCCGACCCAGUUUCCGCACUCAGCUGAGUCGUAGUUCAAGAAUAAGCGACAGCUUCACAGACAGAGAUCAGCUGCUGGCAAACACAACUGAAGAAAUUGAUGACGAUCAAGAAUUGGAAGACAUACCUUCACCAGUUUUUGAAAGUACGGAUGGAGGUUACGAUGCAGAUAAGCAGCUGGAAGGUAUAAAACUUCUCAAAGGCCAGUUCUGGGCACUGAUUGUGAAACGAUUCCAUCAUCUCAGACGCAACAGGAAAGCUUUCAUCUCACAGAUCCUGUUACCAGCUAUCUUCGUGUGCCUAGCCAUGAUUGUGUCGCAGAUCAGACCUUUUAGUGAAAUGCCUGCACUAGAACUGAACACGGACAUGUUUCUGAAAGUCGACCCACAUGAGCAUUACGUAGCAUUCGCUGAGGAUGGUGAUCGGCGAACUUUCAUGACGAAGGACAUGACUGACAGUUUGGUGCGUUAUCCCGGAGUUGGAACGUCUUGUUUGGAAAACACCUGUCCAAGAAAACCAGUUAACUUCUCCAGCAAUCCUACAGAGCCAGUUAGUACGUUGCAAUGCGACUGUCAAUCAACUGGAACCGCCAAGUGUCCCGCGGGCGCAGGUGGUCCCAAGCCCUCGCAGUGGCAAUCGUUCACGGGUGACAAGCUACAGAACUUGACUGGGCGCAAUAUGACCGACUAUCUUCUGAAGACGUAUGGGAGGUUUAUCAGGAAGAGGUAUGGCGGUGUAACCUUUGGAGACAACUUUAAGAAUCUUCCAAGCUCGUUUAAUCAGUCAAAUAUGACAAGCCUCAGUGGACUUAUCAAGGAACACAAUGCAAAGGCCUGGUACAACACCAAAGGGUAUCACGCUGCUCCAACGUUCUUAAACAUUCUGAACAAUGUAAUCCUGAGAAGCAAGGCUGCAGAGAAAGGGUUAAACGCGUCACAGUUUGGUAUUAACACAAUUAACCACCCAAUGAACUAUACCAAAGAACAGCUGAGUGAUGAAACUUUCUUCAAUCGUGUGAUAGACGUGUUAGUGGCCAUCUGUGUGGUGUUUGCUCUAUCGUUUGUUCCUGCCAGUUUUGUUGUCUAUCUGGUCAAUGAACGAAACUGCAAAGCCAAGCAUCUGCACCUGGUCAGCGGUGUCCGCCCUUACGUCUACUGGUUGUCUACUUAUGUUUGGGACUUGGUCAACUACAUUAUUCCAGCACUGUGUUGUAUAUUCAUUUUCUUGGCCUUUGGUGAAGAUGCUUACACUUCAUCUAUGAAUUUUCCACCGACAUUCCUUCUCCUUCUCCUUUAUGGAUGGGCUAUCACUCCACUCAUGUACCCAGCGUCGUUUCUGUUUAGUGAGUCAAGCACAGCUUAUAUCGUGCUAAUAUGCGUCAACUUGUUCAUCGGAAUCAACACAACACUGGCUACCUUCAUCUUGGAGUUUUUCACGGAUGACACGGAACUUAUUGCAAUCAAUGACAUGCUGAAGCGAAUUUUCCUGAUUUUUCCAAACUACUGUCUGGGACGUGGACUGAUCGAUCUUGCCAAGAAUCAAUUUAUGGAUAUCUUUGACAGAUUCGGGCAAGACUUGGUUCGAGAUCCGUUCAGCUGGGACAUCACUGGUCGUAACAUCCUUAUGAUGAUCAUCCAAGGAUUUCUGUUCUUUUUCAUUACUAUUCUGAUUGAAUACCGUUUCUUCUUGCCACAAAGACGGGUAAAAGUUGCGCUGAAGCCAAUUGACGAAGAAGAUGAAGAUGUCGAUAAAGAACGACAACGUAUUGAAAGAGGAGGGGGAAUCAAUGACAUAUUACGCCUGGAUAAUUUGACCAAGGUGUACAAAUCUAGAAACAGGCAAAACGUGGCGGUGAAUCGUCUUUGCAUUGGAGUUCCUAAAGGCGAGUGUUUUGGUCUGCUAGGAGUAAAUGGAGCUGGAAAAACAAGCACAUUCAAAAUGUUGACGGGAGAUAUUUCGGUGACUUCAGGAGAAGCGUUUGUCGAUGGUUACAGUAUUUUGACUAACAUCCAUAACGCGCAUCAGUCCAUGGGUUACUGUCCCCAGUUUGACGGGCUUGACAGCCUACUGACCGCCUCAGAACACCUUCGGCUGUACGCACGGCUCAGAGGAGUACCUGAAAAACACAUCAAACAGGUUGUAGACAGUCUGAUUGCUCGCAUGAAUCUGACCGAGUACGCGAACAGAUGCGCUGGUGGGUUCAGUGGAGGAAAUAAGAGAAAGCUGUCCACAGCUAUUGCGCUAGUUGGUAAUCCACCUAUUAUUUUCCUGGACGAGCCUACCACUGGUAUGGAUCCAAAAGCUCGGCGUUUCUUGUGGAAUAUCAUUACUGGUAUUGUGAAAGAGGGGCGCACAGUGAUUUUAACAUCUCAUAGCAUGGAAGAGUGCGAAUCUCUGUGUAGCCGUGUUGCCAUCAUGGUAAAUGGACAGUUUAAAUGUCUUGGCAGUCCACAACAUCUCAAGUGCAAAUUUGGAGAUGGGUACACAGUGACGCUGCGAAUUGGAGGAGAAAAUCCUGAUUUAGAGGGAGUAUCAGAGUUAAUAAGAGGCCUGUUCCCUACAGCAGUUCUGAAGGAUCAACAUCACAACCAGCUGCAAUAUCAGUUCCCAUCUCAAGGCCUUUUGCUCUCGAACGUAUUUGGUCAUCUGGAGGCCAACCGCAAGAUCUUCGAAAUUGAAGAUUACUCAGUCUCACAGACAACACUCGAUCAGGUGUUUAUAAACUUUGCGAAAAAUCAAACGGACGGCAUGGGUGAAGACGCGCCUUCUGCUGCCCCUGAGCUGGAGGAACAGCCGCCUUACAAUGACGAGGAGGCGGGUCCAAGGGUGACCUUCGUAAGAAUGUCCGAUUUCACUCCAGGCUCUGAGGACGUCUGAGUUUCCAAAUUAAAAUAACCAAUCAAAUUUAGGAUUUAUCGGAGAAAACUUGUGCUCUCGUCAAAUCGGGUAUAACGGGGAUUGGAUUAACAGGGGAUACUUACUUUACCCCCUGUUUUUGUUGCUCGUUAUUUCUUUUCUACCCACACUUAAGUCUGUAAAUAAGUAUACGUUUAAAUGUCUCCGGUAUUUUCCCCGGUAUUCGUAGCACUGAGAAACCUCUUAUAAGCAGAAACCCUUGAGACCUAAAAAAGUGUUCGUUUAGGGAAGGGAUCUCUUUGUUAUAUAGAAGGCUCAAAAAUGGCUGACACGAUGACUGAGAAUUCGCUUAUAAGAGGUGGCCAUGAGCGGGUAGUGUCUGCAAGUGGAGGUUUAACCAUAUUAAGUAAACCUCAGUUAAAUUUUUAGGAAUAAGUAUGAAAAGCGAGCCGUUACUGGGGACAAUUUAGAUUGCAGUUUUCUGUUACAUUUCUUAUCUUUACUAUUUAACUUACAUCAAAAACACCAAAAAACACAGUUUUCUUUAAUCCUUAAGUUGAAUUUUUUAGCACUUAAUAUUGUGCAGUCCUGUUCACGUAUCGUCUUUGCGCAAACGUUACUUGAAUCGCCCACAACGCUUUGGCAGGUCACGCAACGCUGUGGAUCGUCACGCAAUGUUUCCACCGACGAACCAAAUAUCGUCAGUAUGGGACGUGUUUGAAAUUAGUUUAAAACUUGUGUAGCUGGUUAAGAUAUUUGACGAAUGGAACCUUGAUUUAACCAGAGGAAUCAAAGUAUGCGACGGCCUAUAAGAAAUAUUUAGAAAAUUUGGCAUAGUCAUUGCGGUGAGACUCGUACGUAAAUCUUUGAACGCUUGAAAUAUUUCUGGAAUGUUGUGUUGUUGGGAGCGAACUGGAAUUGCAGCCCGCGGGAGCAAAUACUCUAGAGAUUUGUUUUGGUCAUGAAACAACUUCCUUUAAAAUGUGUUUUCUAUGAAGUUAUCCUCCUCGUUUUUCGAAGCUUGGAAUGGUUGACGGGCCGGACUCCGGAUCGAGCGGUCUGCUUUCGAGCCCCGGCCAAUGUUAUUGUGUUGUGUUCUUACCCUCAGAGUGCCUCUCCACCCAGGAGUAUGAAUGGGUACCAGCGAAUUGUUAGGGCAACCUGACAGAAAGCUUGCGGGGAGGGGCGGGGGGGGAUGACCUACAUGCAAUGGACUAUCAUCUCAUCCGGGGGGUCAUGGAGGUAGUGGCACUCUACUCCCCCGGAGAAAGGUCGACACGGUAACAUCUUUGAACCAGCUUGUUGCUUUGAUCCUUAUAAUAAGAAAGGACUCUGCGUUUUGUUUCAGUGAAUAACAACUUGAUUUCCUUUAAAGUUAAAGGAUUUCUUUUUGAAGAAAACAUUUAUUUUGUUUUGUUAGCUAGCCAUUUUGACGAAGGCUUCACAACAGCAACCUUCUAAAAAUAUUUCCGUUCAGGUUUAAAUAGGUUUCACUGUAAAAUGUACAGUUUUGGAAGUAGUACAUAAAAUGUGCAUCUUAUAAAAUGUGCACUAGCAUGGGGCGAGGUUGCAAAACAGCCAUUGAUUUAUCAUAGUUUUAUUUUUAAUGAAUUUGAAAUAUUACCCAGUACGCACCGCUGUAGGAAAUCACCGUGCGAAGCCUGGUAACUAGAGUCUGGUACUGUAGUUAAAUUUCGUCCGAUUUUCUGCUGCGGCAAGGUCUGGCUAGUUGUGUGGUAAACACAUUACUUUGUAAAUCUUUUAUUUUUAGAUCAUGUUUAUAUUUGUUAUACUUUCUUUAUCGUUAAUGCCAUUACCUUUUUGGAAAACAGGCAACGGCGUAGUUAAUUCUGAAAAUAAACUAAUAUGUUGCUUAGCACUUGUUCUCUUGAAAGGAGAAACUGUACGGUUUUUGGAGUUUUCCAAUAAACUGUUAAAUGUUACUACA